CUCAGGGUCAGAGGAUGUCAGGUCGCUCUCAGCAGCUCAGAUGAUGCUCGUGUGUUUGCUGUGCUGGCGGUGAGGAUGGACUCUCACACACUGCAGUGAAGGCUUCACACACUCUAUGGAGGAGCUCUGACAGAGGUUUCCCGUCUGAAGCUGUUAGGUCAGUCGUACAGGAGCUGCAGCAUGGCAGACGCAGCUGAGAGCGUGAAUAAAGACAUGAAGGUGUUUGUGGUGGACAGCCAGGCGUUCCCGCCUCAGGUGUCUGUCAGGAGCGACGGCCCGCGGCUCUCCGUCAUCUACCUGCUGCUGGCCGUGGCUCUGCUGGGCGUCUUCAUCGAGGCUGGAUUAAUCUGGCAUCUCUACAGCAGGCCGGCGACAACAUCCGAUAUCCAGAAAGUGGAAUAUAUAAAAGGAGAGAAGUACCCGUUUCCCAGAAGUUCACAAGAUUUUAAUGAAGCUUUGCCUGCGAAACUUCCCAAAGCUGAGAGCAAACCGGCAGCAUUUCUGCAAAUCGCUUCGCCCGCGUCCGGCGGGAACGGUGUCCUGCACUGGAGAGCCGACAGCUUCCCGGUGUUCAUGAGGGGUCUGGAGUACAAGAACAACAGCCUGUACAUCCAGCAGGACGGACACUAUUACAUCUUCUCCAAGAUCGCUCACCUGGAGAACUGCAACUUCUUCAAGCAUCAGGUCAUGCAGUGCACGGAGAGGUACAGCUCACAGGCCAUCGAGCUGAUGCAGAGCUCCAGGUUUAUCUGCGCACCCAAUAAAUCCCAGUGGAGGGGCAACAGCUACCUGGGAGGCAUCUUCCAGCUGUUUAAAGAUGUGGCAGAAGAGAUCCGCAGAGCUGCCUUCAGCAGAGACUCCGCUGCAGAUCUGCUCGGAUGA